AUGGCCGCCGCCCAGGAUAGCCCCAGCCCCAGCCCCGCAAAGCCCACGCCAGCCCGACCACAGCUGUCUUCGUCCAUGAGAACGAGCUCCUACCUCAAGGAGCACCAGCAGUACCGCCCCUCGAAGCCACAGCAACAGCAACAGCAGCUCGACGGCCACUUCGGCAUCGACACCGUCGUCGAGGACCUGCAGGCCGCGCGCAUCUCCCCGCCCAAGUCCUUCAGUCCCUUCAAAGGCGUGCCCUCCAACGACGACCCGCCGCGCAUCGUCGAGGGUGUCAGCCACGACUACACCCAUCCCAAUUGCGCCCCCGUCCAAGGCACCAGGUCGAACCGUCUCGUCGCCACCCUGGUCUACAAGUCCGCCCGCGUUGCCAACGCUAGCAGUAUCAUCCCUUCGCCGAGCCUCGCCGCCUCCAACUCGGAUCUGCCCGCCAACUUUGCGCCCACCCAGAACAUCGAGUCCUACCCUCUCGAACCGCCGCCCGCCGCCGCCGAGCCCGAGCCCCUCGACCACCUCUAUGGCUCCUACGUCUCGCCCAUGUGCAUCACCUCCUUCCUCCAUCUCAUGUCCACCUUCCCCUUGCCGCCCGGUGUCGGCGAGGCUACCUCGUCCCACCGAUGUCUGGACGACCCGGACCACCCGUUGGUUGUUGAGUUGACACUGUCCCCCGCGCCGUCCCCCGACUUCCUCUCCCUCGAGGAUCUGCGCAAGCACGAGCUCAUCUACCGCUUCGAGCGGGAGUGGAACGUCGAUAUCGCCCUGCAACCCGACACCCUCUGGCGGCGGCACCCCCGUCUGGUGGUAUUCGACAUGGACAGCACCCUGAUCACACAGGAGGUCAUCGAUCUUCUCGCCGCCACUAUCACCGACCCCCCAGAUCUGGCCGCCAAGGUCGCCGACAUCACGCAUCGCGCCAUGCUCGGAGAGCUCGAGUUCGAUACCGCCUUCCGCGAACGUGUCGCGCUGCUGAGGGGCCUGCCCGCCACCAUUUUCGAACAGCUGCAGCCUGUGCUGGAUGUGACGCCAGGGGUACCGCAGCUGAUGAAGGCCUUCAAGAGACUCGGUAUCAAGACGGCCGUGCUGUCCGGCGGCUUCCUCCCGCUCACGUCCUGGCUGGCGCAAGAGCUGGGCAUCGACUACGCCCACGCCAACGAGGUGGUCAUCGAUGAUGCGGGGCGGCUGACCGGCGACGUCAAGGGCACCAUUGUAGGUAGGGAGCGGAAGCAGGAACUAAUGUUCGAGAUCGCCAAGAAGGAGGGGAUAUCGCUCGAUCAGGUCGUAGCUGUCGGUGACGGCGCCAACGACCUGCUGAUGCUGAGCACGGCGGGCCUGGGCGUGGCGUGGAACGCAAAGCCGCGGGUGCAGAUGGAGGCCAGUGCGCGGCUGAAUAGCCCCUCGCUGCUUGCUCUGCUGUACUUUUUCGGCUUCACUAGUGAAGAAGUGGACAUGUUGACGGCAUGA